CAUCUGAGUAUCCAAACAGCCAGAGGAGAGAGGGAGAGCGUGUCCGUGUGUAUGUGCAGUGUGCUCGUUUUUUUUCGUCAUUUUUACAUUCAUAUAAAUUAAAGACUCAUGCGCUGUAAAUGGGGACUAUUUUUUCACGGAUUCACAUCCGCAGCGGUGAAUUUCAUUUUGAUUUUUAUGGUCAAAUCGACGGGGAUGUUUGCAUCGUGACGGCGCAAGGAUGACAAAGACAAUAGGAUACCGAGACUGGAGAUGGCAGGCUCUUUUGUGGCAUCAUGUCUUCCUCUUGUGGACUACAGUGGAUGCACAGACUCGUUACAGCAUCCCGGAGGAGCUCAAACAAGGUUCAGUGGUGGGAAAUCUUGCCAAAGAUCUGUCUUUGGGACUGUCUGAGAUAUUUGAGCGCAAGCUGCGUGUCGCCUCUGAGGCUGGUAAGCAGUAUUUCAGCGUGGAUGCGGGGAAGGGAGAGCUGCUGGUCAAUGACAGAAUAGACAGAGAGGCUUUAUGCGGACAAAGCGCCAGCUGUGUGCUCCCUCUGCAGGUCGUCAUUGAGGACCCGUUGCAGCUUUUCCGUGUGGAGGUAGAAAUACAGGACAUUAAUGAUAACGCGCCCCGCUUCCCCUCGAAUGACGUCACACUGGAGAUUUCAGAAAUUACGGUCCUUGGGGUCCGUUUUCCAGUAGAAAGCGCCGUUGAUCCAGACGUGGGCCCGAAUUCGCUCAAGACGUACACUCUCAGUAAAGACGAGUGUUUUAAUAUAAGACUCAAAGAGGUUGCAGGAGGGAGAAAAGUACCUGAGCUCGUUUUAGUAAAACCUUUAGACAGAGAGAAGAAGUCUGUUCAUCAGCUUUUGCUUACAGCUCUGGAUGGAGGCAACCCUGUAAAAUCGGGGACAUCACAAAUUAUAAUAAAAAUUCUUGACAAUAAUGACAAUGUUCCAGCCUUUGAGAAAACAUUGUAUAAAAUGUCUGUGGCUGAAAACCUUGAAAGAGGUGCAACCAUUGUGCAGACAAAAGCCACCGACAUGGACGAUGGCCCAAAUGGAGAAAUAGAAUAUUUUUUUGGUGCUCACACACCUGAAAGCGUCCUCUCUACAUUUACUAUUGAUAAUAUGACAGGCACGAUAUUUUUAAAACACAUUUUAGAUUUCGAGUCCAUCUCAAAUUAUGAACUAGACAUAACUGCUAAAGAUAAAGGCCUUCCUAGAAUGGAGGGUCAUUGUACUGUCCAUGUUGAAGUUCUAGAUGUAAAUGACAAUGCCCCAGAAAUAAUACUCACCUCCAAUGCAAAGCCUGUCCGUGAGGACUCUCCUAAUGGCACUGUGGUAGCUUUGCUCAGUGUUAGAGAUGAUGACACUGGCAGUAAUGGUAAAGUUACAUUACAUCUCCCCACGAAAUAUCCAUUUGUCCUAAAACCAUCCUUUUCUAACAAUUAUGCGCUGGUCACCAGUGGUGCUUUAGACAGAGAGAGAGUGUCUGAGUAUAAGAUAGAGAUAACUGCCACUGAUUCAGGAUCUCCUCCUCUCUCCAGUAAGAAAAUGAUAGCUGUCAGCAUCACUGAUGUCAAUGACAACCCUCCUGUAUUCUCUCAGAGCUCUUAUAAUGUUUAUUUAAAAGAGAACGGAGUAGCAGGCUCUAUACUGUACUCGGUGUCUGCAUGUGAUCUGGAUGGCGGUGAAAACGCCAAAGUGUCUUACUCUAUCGUGGACUCUAAAGUGCAGGACGUGUCCGUGUCGUCUUAUGUUUACAUGAACUCAGAGAACGGCAGCAUCUACAGCAUGCACUCGUUUGACUAUGAGAAAGUCAAAGUGUUUCACAUCCAGGUUCAGGCGAAGGACCAGGGCUCUCCAUCUCUCAGCACCAACGCCACCGUCCAUGUUUUUAUCCUGGACCAGAACGACAACGCCCCCGCUGUCAUUUACCCUUCCCCCCACGCAGCCUCCCACCUGAGGGUGCCCCGCAUGGCAAAGGCCGGCCACCUGGUCACAAAGGUGACGGCCGUGGACGCAGACUCGGGCCACAACGCGUGGAUCUCGUACAAAGUGUCUGAGGCCACAGACGCCUCUCUCUUCAUGGUCAGUGUGUACACAGGGGAGGUGAGGACUAAACGUGCUGUGUCCGAGCACGACGACUCCUCUCAGAGGUUGAUUCUAGAAGUUCAGGAUGAUGGGGAACCUGUCCAGUCAGCCACCGUCACGCUGUUCAUCCUGCUGGAGGACGGUGUGAGUGAGCCCAUGUUGGAGUUGAGACACAAGGCAUCUGAGCCCAGCAAGACAAGCGGCAGAAUCACACUUUAUUUGAUUGUGUCUCUGGCCUCGGUGUCCGUGCUGUCUCUGGUGACUUUGCUCAUCUUAGCGGUGAAAUGCAUGAGGAGCAGCAGAAGCAGCGCUAGUUGCUGCACGAGACGGACACACUGUGAUGAGGACAAGAAACCCAACAGAAAUCUGCACAUUCAGCUCAACACUGAUGGACCUAUCAAGUACGUGGAGGUUCUGGGAGGAGACGUCAUGUCUCAGAGUCACUCCUUCAGGUCGUGCAUGUCUCCAAUGUCAGAGUACAGUGAUUUCACUUUGGUGAAGCCCAGCAGCACCACUGACUUUAAGGAGGUCAUCAGCGUCUUGGACGCCUCUUUACCUGACAGCACCUGGACCUUUGAGAGCCAGCAGCGAGCCAGGAUGACAAAGACAAUAGGAUACCGAGACUGGAGAUGGCAGGCUCUUUUGUGGCAUCAUGUCUUCCUCUUGUGGACUACAGUGGAUGCACAGACUCGUUACAGCAUCCCAGAAGAGCUCAAACAAGGUUCUGUGGUUGGAAAUCUUGCCAAAGAUCUGUCUUUGGGACUGUCUGAGAUAUUUGAGCGCAAGCUGCGUGUCGCCUCUGAGGCUGGUAAGCAGUAUUUCAGCGUGGAUGCGGGGAAGGGAGAGCUGCUGGUCAAUGACAGAAUAGACAGAGAGGCUUUAUGCGGACAAAGCGCCAGCUGUGUGCUCCCUCUGCAGGUCGUUGUAGAAAAUCCUUUAAGGUCGCAUCGAAUUGAGGUAGAAAUUAAAGACAUUAACGACAAUUCACCUCGUUUUCCGACAGCGGAAAUUAACCUUAAAAUACCAGAAUCAGUUUCUGUGGGCAGACGUUUUCCUUUGGAGAUUGCAGAGGACCCUGAUCUUCCCAAAAGUUCACCUUUAUCCCUGAAACAGUCUUUCUCUAAAAAUUAUGAACUGGUCACCAGUGGUGCUUUAGACAGAGAGAGAGUGUCUGAGUAUAAGAUAGAGAUAACAGCCACUGAUUCAGGAUCUCCUCCUCUCUCCAGUAAGAAAAUGAUAGCUGUCAGCAUCACUGAUGUCAAUGACAACCCUCCUGUAUUCUCUCAGAGCUCUUAUAAUGUUUAUUUAAAAGAGAACGGAGUAGCAGGCUCUAUACUGUACUCGGUGUCUGCAUGUGACCUGGAUGCUGGUGAAAACGCCAAAGUGUCUUACUCUAUCGUGGACUCUAAAGUGCACGACGUGUCCGUGUCGUCUUAUGUUUACAUGAACUCAGAGAACGGCAGCAUCUACAGCAUGCACUCGUUUGACUAUGAGAAAGUCAAAGUGUUUCACAUCCAGGUUCAGGCAAAGGACCAGGGCUCUCCAUCUCUCAGCACCAACGCCACCGUCCAUGUUUUUAUCCUGGACCAGAACGACAACGCCCCCGCUGUCAUUUACCCUUCCCCCCACGCAGCCUCCCACCUGAGGGUGCCCCGCACGGCCAAAGCGGGCCAACUAGUCACCAAGGUGACGGCAGUGGACGCGGACUCAGGCCACAAUGCGUGGAUCUCGUACAAAGUGUCUGAGGCCACAGACGCCUCUCUCUUCAUGGUCAGUGUGUACACAGGGGAGGUGAGGACUAAACGUGCUGUGUCCGAGCACGACGACUCCUCUCAGAGGUUGAUUGUUGAGGUCCAGGACGAUGGGGAACCGGUCCAGUCGGCCACUGUCACGCUGUCCAUCCUGCUGGAGGAUGGUGUGAGUGAGCCCAUGUUGGAGCUGAGACACAAGGCGUCCGAGCCCAGUAAGACAAGUGGCAGAAUCACACUUUAUUUGAUUGUGUCUCUGGCCUCGGUGUCCGUGCUGUCUCUGGUGACUUUGCUCAUCUUAGCGGUGAAAUGCAUGAGGAGCAGCAGAAGCAGAGCUAGUUGCUGCACGAGACGGACACACUGUGAUGAGGACAAGAAACCCAACAGAAAGCUGCACAUUCAGCUCAACACUGAUGGACCUAUCAAGUACGUGGAGGUUCUGGGAGGAGACGUCAUGUCUCAGAGUCACUCCUUCAGGUCGUGCAUGUCUCCAAUGUCAGAGUACAGUGAUUUCACUUUGGUGAAGCCCAGCAGCACCACUGACUUUAAGGAGGUCAUCAGCGUCCUGGACGCCUCUUUACCUGACAGCACCUGGACCUUUGAGAGCCAGCAGCGAGCAAGGAUGACAAAGACAAUGGGAUACCGAGACUGGAGAUGGCAGGCUCUUUUGUGGCAUCAUGUCUUCCUCUUGUGGACUACAGUGGAUGCACAGACUCGUUACAGCAUCCCAGAGGAGCUCAAACAAGGUUCUGUGGUGGGAAAUCUGGCCAAAGAUCUGUCUUUGGGACCGUCUGAAAUAUUUGAGCGCAAGCUGCGUGUCGCCUCUGAGGCUGGUAAGCAGUAUUUCAGCGUGGAUGCGGGGAAGGGAGAGCUGCUGGUCAAUGACAGAAUAGACAGAGAGGCUUUAUGCGGACAAAGCGCCAGCUGUGUGCUCCCUCUGCAGGUCGUUGUUGAAAAUCCUUUGAGAUCCCAUCGAAUUGAGAUAGACAUUAAGGACAUUAACGACAAUUCACCACAAUUUCAUACAAAAGAACUAUAUUUAAAUAUUGCUGAAUCGGCCGCAGUAGGGACUCGUUUCCUAUUGGAAGGUGCGGAGGAUUAUGACGUUGGAAGUAAUUCGGUCAAGUCCUACACGCUGGCUAAAAACGACUGCUUCACGUUGAAAAUGAAGGAGGUUGAGGAUGGCAAAUUAGUGCCUGAGUUAGUGUUAGAAAAGCCUUUGGACAGAGAGAAGACAUCAUCCCAUCAGCUCCUAUUGACUGCUUUAGACGGAGGGAAUCCAGUCAUGUCUGGCACUGCACAAAUUAAUGUUAUAGUGCUUGAUAAUAAUGAUAAUUUCCCAAUUUUUGAUAAAAAUGUGUACAAAACUUCCUUAAAAGAGAAUGUGGACAAAGACACAUUUGCACUUAAAAUUACAGCGACUGAUGCAGAUGAGGGACCAAACGGAGAGGUUGAAUAUUUUUUUGGUCCACGCACACCAGAUUCUGUCUUAUCUGUAUUUGAAUUAAAUUCAGAAACGGGUGAAAUAAUUUUAACAGGAGAAUUAGAUUAUGAAAAAGCAACAUCUUACAAAGUUGAAGUGAUUGCAAAGGACAAAGGAGUACCUGUAAUGGAGAGUCACUGUCGUGUGCAGAUUGAUGUUAUUGAUGUUAAUGAUAAUGCUCCAGAAAUUAUCCUCACUUCAGAACCACAGCCGGUCAGGGAGGAUGCACCAAGUGGAUCAGUUGUGGCUCUGCUUACAUCACGUGAUGCAGACUCUGCUAAUAAUAGCAAAGUAACACUGCAGCUACCUCAAGGCUCUCCUUUUAGUCUUAAACCAUCUUUUUCUAAUAAUUAUGAACUGGUCACCAGUGGUGCUUUAGACAGAGAGAGAACGUCUGAGUAUAAGAUAGAGAUAACUGCCACUGAUUCAGGAUCUCCUCCUCUCUCCAGUAACAAAAUGAUAGCUGUCAGCAUCACUGAUGUCAAUGACAACCCUCCUGUAUUCUCUCAGAGCUCUUAUAAUGUUUAUUUAAAAGAGAACGGAGUAGCAGGCUCUAUACUGUACUCGGUGUCUGCAUGUGACCUGGAUGCUGGUGAAAACGCCAAAGUGUCUUACUCUAUCGUGGACUCUAAAGUGCACGACGUGUCCGUGUCGUCUUAUGUUUACAUGAACUCAGAGAACGGCAGCAUCUACAGCAUGCACUCGUUUGACUAUGAGAAAGUCAAAGUGUUUCACAUCCAGGUUCAGGCAAAAGACCAGGGCUCUCCAUCUCUCAGCACAAAUGCCACCGUCCAUGUUUUUAUCCUGGACCAGAACGACAACGCCCCCGCUGUCAUUUACCCUUCCCCCCACGCAUCCUCCCACUUGAGGGUGCCCCGCACGGCCAAAGCGGGCCACCUAGUUACCAAGGUGACGGCCGUGGAUGCGGACUCAGGCCACAACGCGUGGAUCUCGUACAAAGUGUCUGAGGCCACAGACGCCUCUCUCUUCAUGGUCAGUGUGUACACAGGGGAGGUGAGGACUAAACGUGCUGUGUCCGAGCACGACGACUCCUCUCAGAGGUUGAUUGUAGAAGUCCAGGAUGAUGGGGAACCGGUCCAAUCAACCACCGUCACGCUGUCCAUCCUGCUGGAGGACGGUGUGAGUGAACCAAUGUUGGAGCUGAGACACAAGGCGUCUGAGCCCAGCAAGACAAGUGGCAGAAUCACACUUUAUUUGAUUGUGUCUCUGGCCUCGGUGUCCGUGCUGUCUCUGGUGACUUUGCUCAUCUUAGCGGUGAAAUGCAUGAGGAGCAGCAGAAGCAGCGCUAGUUGCUGCACGAGACGGACACACUGUGAUGAGGACAAGAAACCCAACAGAAAUCUGCACAUUCAGCUCAACACUGAUGGACCUAUCAAGUACGUGGAGGUUCUGGGAGGAGACGUCAUGUCUCAGAGUCACUCCUUCAGGUCGUGCAUGUCUCCAAUGUCAGAGUACAGUGAUUUCACUUUGGUGAAGCCCAGCAGCACCACUGACUUUAAGGAGGUCAUCAGCGUCCUGGACGCCUCUUUACCUGACAGCACCUGGACCUUUGAGAGCCAGCAGGUGAGGACUACUUUUGUUUGCAAUGAAGGACACUUGCAGCACUUUGACUCCUUGUCGUGCACGCUUUGCCAUUGUUUGUGUUCAACUCGUGAUUUAUCUUUGCAUCUACAAUGGCAGCAUGUUGCAAGGAUGACAAAGACAAUGGGAUACCGAGACUGGAGAUGGCAGGCUCUUUUGUGGCAUCAUGUCUUCCUCUUGUGGACUACAGUGGAUGCACAGACUCGUUACAGCAUCCCGGAGGAGCUCAAACAAGGUUCAGUGGUGGGAAAUCUGGCCAAAGAUCUGUCUUUGGGACUGUCUGAGAUAUUUGAGCGCAAGCUGCGUGUCGCCUCUGAGGCUGGUAAGCAGUAUUUCAGCGUGGAUGCGGGGAAGGGCGAGCUGCUGGUCAAUGACAGAAUAGACAGAGAGGCUUUAUGCGGACAAAGCGCCAGCUGUGUGCUCCCUCUGCAGGUCGUUGUAGAAAAUCCGUUACAGUUACAUCGAAUUGAAGUGGAAAUAAAAGACGUCAAUGACAAUGCUCCAAGUUUUCUAAAAAAUGAAAAUGUGAUGGAAAUAGCCGAGUCCACCGUUGUAGGUGUGCAUUUUCCCCUGGAGAGUGCCGAGGAUCCUGAUGUAGGAAGUAACACAGUGAAGACAUACACACUCAGCAAAGACGAAUGUUUUACAUUAAAAGUAAGAGAAAUUGAAAAUGGAAGAAAAAUGCCUGAAUUGGUGUUAAAUAAGUCAUUAGAUCGUGAGAAAAGAGCCGUUCAUCAUUUAAUUCUUACAGCUAUGGAUGGUGGCAAUCCGGUUAAAUCUGGAACUUCCAAAAUAACAAUACAUGUUCUUGAUAUUAACGACAAUGUCCCUGCGUUUGAUAAUAAAUUAUAUAAAGUAUAUAUUCAAGAAAACAGCCCAAAUGGCACUUUUGUUGUUACAACAAAGGCAACUGACAUAGACGACGGUCCAAACGGUGAAAUAGAGUACUCUCUAGGCAUACAUACACCACCAUCAGUGCAAGCAUUAUUUUAUAUAGACCCUGUUAGUGGAGAUAUAUUUUUAAAAAAUAAUUUGGACCAUGAACAUCAGUCCUCUUAUCGAAUUGACAUUAGUGCAAAAGAUAAAGGCUUGCCAAAAAUGGAAGGCCAUUGCAGUGUUCAAGUUGAUGUAUUAGAUAUAAAUGAUAAUGCUCCUGAAAUUGUACUGACUUCUAAACCCAGUUCUGUACCGGAAGACUCUGGUACGGGAACAGUUGUAGCCUUGCUGAGUGUACGUGAUCUUGACUCUGGUGAAAACAGUAAAGUGACUUUAGAUCUUCCCAAAGGCUCUCCUUUUACUCUUAAACCAUCUUUUUCUAACAAUUAUGCGCUGGUCACCAGUGGUGCUUUAGACAGAGAGAGUGUGUCUGAGUAUAAGAUAGAGAUAAGAGCCACUGAUUCAGGAUCUCCUCCUCUCUCCAGUAAGAAAAUGAUAGCUGUCAGCAUCACUGAUGUCAAUGACAACCCUCCUGUAUUCUCUCAGAGCUCUUAUAAUGUUUAUUUAAAAGAGAACGGAGUAGCAGGCUCUAUACUGUACUCGGUGUCUGCAUGUGACCUGGAUGCUGGUGAAAACGCCAAAGUGUCUUACUCUAUCGUGGACUCUAAAGUGCACGACGUGUCCGUGUCGUCUUAUGUUUACAUGAACUCAGAGAACGGCAGCAUCUACAGCAUGCACUCGUUUGACUAUGAGAAAGUCAAAGUGUUUCACAUCCAGGUUCAGGCAAAGGACCAGGGCUCUCCAUCUCUCAGCACCAACGCCACCGUCCAUGUUUUUAUCCUGGACCAGAACGACAACGCCCCCACUGUCAUUUACCCUUCUCCUCAUGCUGCCUCCCACCUGAGGGUGCCCCGCAUGGCAAAGGCAGGCCACCUGGUCACCAAGGUGACGGCCGUGGACGCGGACUCAGGCCACAAUGCGUGGAUCUCGUACAAAGUGUCUGAGGCCACAGACGCCUCUCUCUUCAUGGUCAGUGUGUACACAGGGGAGGUGAGGACUAAACGUGCUGUGUCCGAGCACGACGACUCCUCUCAGAGGCUGAUUGUGGAGGUCCAGGAUGAUGGGGAACCGGUCCAGUCGGCCACCGUCACGCUGUCCAUCCUUCUGGAGGACGGUGUGAGCGAGCCCAUGUUGGAGUUGAGACACAAGGCGUCUGAACCCAGUAAGACAAGCGGCAGAAUCACACUUUAUUUGAUUGUGUCUCUGGCGUCGGUGUCCGUGCUGUCUCUGGUGACUUUGCUCAUCUUAGCGGUGAAAUGCAUGAGGAGCAGCAGAAGCAGCGCUAGUUGCUGCACGAGACGGACACACUGUGAUGAGGACAAGAAACCCAACAGAAAUCUGCACAUUCAGCUCAACACUGAUGGACCUAUCAAGUACGUGGAGGUUCUGGGAGGAGACGUCAUGUCUCAGAGCCACUCCUUCAGGUCGUGCAUGUCUCCAAUGUCGGAGUACAGUGAUUUCACUUUGGUGAAGCCCAGCAGUACCACUGACUUUAAGGAGGUCAUCAGCGUCCUGGACGCCUCUUUACCUGACAGCACCUGGACCUUUGAGAGCCAGCAGCGAGCAAGGAUGACAAAGACAAUAGGAUACCGAGACUGGAGAUGGCAGGCUCUUUUGUGGCAUCAUGUCUUCCUCUUGUGGACUACAGUGGAUGCACAGACUCGUUACAGCAUCCCAGAGGAGCUCAAACAAGGUUCUGUGGUGGGAAAUCUGGCCAAAGAUCUGUCUUUGGGACCGUCUGAGAUAUUUGAGCGCAAGCUGCGUGUCGCCUCUGAGGCUGGUAAGCAGUAUUUCAGCGUGGAUGCGGGGAAGGGAGAGCUGCUGGUCAAUGACAGAAUAGACAGAGAGGCUUUAUGCGGACAAAGCGCCAGCUGUGUGCUCCCUCUGCAGGUCGUUGUAGAAAAUCCCCUAAAUUUGCAUCGAAUUGAGGUAGAAAUUAAAGACAUUAACGACAAUUCACCACAAUUUCAUACAAAAGAACUAUAUUUAAAUAUUGCUGAAUCGGCCGCAGUAGGGACUCGUUUCCUAUUGGAAGGUGCGGAGGAUUAUGACGUUGGAAGUAAUUCGGUCAAGUCCUACACGCUGGCUAAAAACGACUGCUUCACGUUGAAAAUGAAGGAGGUUGAGGAUGGCAAAUUAGUGCCUGAGUUAGUGUUAGAAAAGCCUUUGGACAGAGAGAAGACAUCAUCCCAUCAGCUCCUAUUGACUGCUUUAGACGGAGGGAAUCCAGUCAUGUCUGGCACUGCACAAAUUAAUGUUAUAGUGCUUGAUAUCAAUGAUAAUUUCCCAGUUUUUGACAAAAAUUUAUAUAAAACGUCCUUACAAGAGAAUGUGGCAAAGAACAUAUUUGCACUUAAAAUUACAGCGACUGAUGCAGAUGAGGGACCAAACGGAGAAGUUGAAUAUUUUUUUGGUCCACGCACACCAGAUUCUGUCUUAUCUGUAUUUGAAUUAAAUUCAAAAACGGGUGAAAUCAUUUUAAGAGGAGAAUUAGAUUAUGAAAAAGCAUCAUCUUACAAAAUUGAAGUGAUUGCAAAGGACAAAGGAGUACCUGUAAUGGAGAGUCACUGUCGUGUGCAGAUUGAUGUUAUUGAUGUUAAUGAUAAUGCUCCAGAAAUUAUCCUCACUUCAGAACCGCAGCCGGUCCGUGAGGAUGCACCAAGUGGAUCAGUUGUGGCUCUGCUUACAUCACGUGAUGCAGACUCUGGUAAUAAUAGCAAAGUAACACUGCAGCUUCCUCAAGGCUCUCCUUUUAGUCUUAAACCAUCUUUUUCGAACAAUUAUGCGCUGGUCACCAGUGGUGCUUUAGACAGAGAGAGUGUGUCUGAGUAUAAGAUAGAGAUAACAGCCACUGAUUCAGGAUCUCCUCCUCUCUCCAGUAAGAAAAUGAUAGCUGUCAGCAUCACUGAUGUCAAUGACAACCCUCCUGUAUUCUCUCAGAGCUCUUAUAAUGUUUAUUUAAAAGAGAACGGAGUAGCAGGCUCUAUACUGUACUCGGUGUCUGCAUGUGACCUGGAUGCUGGUGAAAACGCCAAAGUGUCUUACUCUAUCGUGGACUCUAAAGUGCAGGACGUGUCCGUGUCGUCUUAUGUUUACAUGAACUCAGAGAACGGCAGCAUCUACAGCAUGCACUCGUUUGACUAUGAGAAAGUCAAAGUGUUUCACAUCCAGGUUCAGGCAAAGGACCAGGGCUCUCCAUCUCUCAGCACAAAUGCCACCGUCCAUGUUUUUAUCCUGGACCAGAACGACAACGCCCCCGCUGUCAUUUACCCUUCCCCCCACGCAUCCUCCCACUUGAGGGUGCCCCGCACAGCCAAAGCAGGCCACUUAGUCACCAAGGUGACGGCCGUGGACGCGGACUCAGGCCACAACGCGUGGAUCUCGUACAAAGUGUCUGAGGCCACAGACGCCUCUCUCUUCAUGGUCAGUGUGUACACAGGGGAGGUGAGGACUAAACGUGCUGUGUCUGAGCACGACGACUCCUCUCAGAGGUUGAUUGUAGAAGUCCAGGAUGAUGGGGAACCGGUCCAAUCAGCCACCGUCACGCUGUCCAUCCUGCUGGAGGACGGUGUGAGUGAGCCAAUGUUGGAGCUGAGACACAAGGCGUCUGAACCCAGUAAGACAAGCGGCAGAAUCACACUUUAUUUGAUUGUGUCUCUGGCCUCGGUGUCCGUGCUGUCUCUGGUGACUUUGCUCAUCUUAGCGGUGAAAUGCAUGAGGAGCAGCAGAAGCAGCGCUAGUUGCUGCACGAGACGGACACACUGUGAUGAGGACAAGAAACCCAACAGAAAUCUGCACAUUCAGCUCAACACUGAUGGACCUAUCAAGUACGUGGAGGUUCUGGGAGGAGACGUCAUGUCUCAGAGUCACUCCUUCAGGUCGUGCAUGUCUCCAAUGUCAGAGUACAGUGAUUUCACUUUGGUGAAGCCCAGCAGCACCACUGACUUUAAGGAGGUCAUCAGCGUCCUGGACGCCUCUUUACCUGACAGCACCUGGACCUUUGAGAGCCAGCAGGUGAGCACUACUUUUGUUUGCAAAUCAGGAAUUGGAGCACUUCGACUCCUUGUCAUGCACAUGUGGUCAUUGUGUCGAGCAAGGAUGACAAAGACAAUAGGAUACCGAGACUGGAGAUGGCAGGCUCUUUUGUGGCAUCAUGUCUUCCUCUUGUGGACUACAGUGGAUGCACAGACUCGUUACAGCAUCCCAGAAGAGCUCAAACAAGGUUCUGUGGUUGGAAAUCUGGCCAAAGAUCUGUCUUUGGGACUGUCUGAGAUAUUUGAGCGCAAGCUGCGUGUCGCCUCUGAGGCUGGUAAGCAGUAUUUCAGCGUGGAUGCGGGGAAGGGAGAGCUGCUGGUCAAUGACAGAAUAGACAGAGAGGCUUUAUGCGGACAAAGCGCCAGCUGUGUGCUCCCUCUGCAGGUCGUUGUAGAAAAUCCUUUAAGGUCGCAUCGAAUUGAGGUAGAAAUUAAAGACAUUAACGACAAUUCACCUCGUUUUCCGACAGCGGAAAUUAACCUUAAAAUACCAGAAUCUGUUGCGGUUGGGACACGUUUUCCUUUGGAGAGUGCAGAUGAUCCUGAUGUUGGAGGAAAUUCUUUGAAAAGUUACACAUUAAUUAAAAAUGAUUAUUUUUCUUUAAAAUUUAAAAACGAAAAAAAUGGUCUAACUUCACCAGAGUUAGUAUUGGACAAAUCAUUGGACAGGGAAAACAUGCCCAUUCAUCAGCUGCUAUUAACAGCACUGGAUGGAGGAAACCCUGUUAAAUCUGGAACAUGUCAAAUUAUCAUAAAUGUGCUUGAUAUUAACGACAAUGUUCCGAUAUUUGAUGAAAAAGAGUACAAAUUAUCUUUAAAGGAAAAUAGCACAAAAGGAACAUUUGUCAUGAAAGUUAAAGCUACAGAUAUUGAUCAUGGCGUCAACAGUGAAAUUAAAUAUUCUUUAGGGUCUCGCACUCCAGCGGCUGUUUUAUCAACAUUUGAAAUUAACGAACUGACAGGAGAAAUUGUUUUAAAAGGAGAAUUAGACUAUGAAACAUUCCCAUCUUAUCUGAUUGACAUUACUGCCAAAGACAAAGGUGUACCUGAAAUGGAGGGUCACUGUCGCCUGCAGCUCAAUAUUGAAGACAUAAAUGAUAAUGCUCCUGAAAUUAUUCUGACCUCUAAACCCAGUCCUGUACGAGAAGAUGCUCCAUAUGGCACAGUGGUGGCUUUGAUUAGUGUUAAAGAUAUUGACUCUGGUAAUAAUGGAAACGUGACGCUCCAGCUUCCCAAAGGUUCCCCUUUCUCCCUGAAACCAUCUUUCUCCCAAAAUUAUGAACUGGUCACCAGUGGUGCUUUAGACAGAGAGAGAGUGUCUGAGUAUAAGAUAGAGAUAACUGCCACUGAUUCAGGAUCUCCUCCUCUCUCCAGUAAGAAAAUGAUAGCUGUCAGCAUCACUGAUGUCAAUGACAACCCUCCUGUAUUCUCUCAGAGCUCUUAUAAUGUUUAUUUAAAAGAGAACGGAGUAGCAGGCUCUAUACUGUACUCGGUGUCUGCAUGUGACCUGGAUGCUGGUGAAAACGCCAAAGUGUCUUACUCUAUCGUGGACUCUAAAGUGCACGACGUGUCCGUGUCGUCUUAUGUUUACAUGAACUCAGAGAACGGCAGCAUCUACAGCAUGCACUCGUUUGACUAUGAGAAAGUCAAAGUGUUUCACAUCCAGGUUCAGGCAAAGGACCAGGGCUCUCCAUCUCUCAGCACCAACGCCACCGUCCAUGUUUUUAUCCUGGACCAGAACGACAACGCCCCCGCUGUCAUUUACCCUUCCCCCCACGCAGCCUCCCACCUGAGGGUGCCCCGCACGGCCAAAGCGGGCCAACUGGUCACCAAGGUGACAGCGGUGGACGCGGACUCAGGCCACAAUGCGUGGAUCUCGUACAAAGUGUCUGAGGCCACAGACGCCUCUCUCUUCAUGGUCAGUGUGUACACAGGGGAGGUGAGGACUAAACGUGCUGUGUCCGAGCACGACGACUCCUCUCAGAGGCUGAUUAUUGAAGUCCAGGAUGAUGGGGAACCGGUCCAGUUGGCCACCGUCACGCUGUCCAUCCUUCUGGAGGACGGUGUGAGUGAGCCAAUGUUGGAGCUGAGACACAAGGCGUCCGAGCCCAGUAAGACAAGCGGCAGAAUCACACUUUAUUUGAUUGUGUCUCUGGCCUCGGUGUCCGUGCUGUCUCUGGUGACUUUCCUCAUCUUAGCGGUGAAAUGCAUGAGGAGCAGCAGAAGCAGCGCUAGUUGCUGCACGAGACGGACACACUGUGAUGAGGACAAGAAACCCAACAGAAAUCUGCACAUUCAGCUCAACACUGAUGGACCUAUCAAGUACGUGGAGGUUCUGGGAGGAGACGUCAUGUCUCAGAGCCACUCCUUCAGGUCGUGCAUGUCUCCAAUGUCAGAGUACAGUGAUUUCACUUUGGUGAAGCCCAGCAGCACCACUGACUUUAAGGAGGUCAUCAGCGUCCUGGACGCCUCUUUACCUGACAGCACCUGGACCUUUGAGAGCCAGCAGGUGAGCACUACUUUUGUUUGCAAUGAAGGACAACUUGCACUUCAUCACACUAUCACGAUGACAGAGACAAUAGGAUACCGAGACUGGAGAUGGCAGGCUCUUUUGUGGCAUCAUGUCUUCCUCUUGUGGACUACAGUGGAUGCACAGACUCGUUACAGCAUCCCUGAGGAGCUCAAACAAGGUUCUGUAGUGGGAAAUCUGGCCAAAGAUUUGUCUUUGGGACUGUCUGAGAUAUUUGAGCGCAAGCUGCGUGUCGCCUCUGAGGCUGGUAAGCAGUAUUUCAGCGUGGAUGCGGGGAAGGGAGAGCUGCUGGUCAAUGACAGAAUAGACAGAGAGGUUUUAUGCGGACAAAGCGCCAGCUGUGUGCUCCCUCUGCAGGUCGUUGUAGAAAAUCCCCUAAAUUUGCAUCGAUUUGAAGUAGAAAUUAAAGACAUUAACGACAACUCACCUCGUUUUCCGACAGGGGAAAUUAACCUUAAAAUACCGGAAUCUGUUGCGCUUGGUAAACGUUUCCCUUUGGAGAGUGCAGAGGAUCCUGAUGUUGGAGGAAAUUCUUUGAAAACAUAUACAUUAAGUAAAAAUGAUUAUUUUUCUUUAAAAUUUAAAAAUGAAAAAAAUGGUCUAACAGCCCCAGAAUUAGUGUUAGAAAAAUCAUUGGACAGAGAAAACAUGCCCAUUCAUCAGCUGCUAUUAACAGCACUGGAUGGAGGAAACCCUGUUAAAUCUGGAACAUGUAAAAUUAUCAUCGAUGUGCUUGAUAUUAACGACAAUUUUCCUAUUUUUGAUGAAAACGAGUACAAGGUUUCUCUAAAAGAAAAUAGCACCAAAGGAACAUUUGUAAAAAGAGUAACAGCUAAAGAUGCAGAUGAAGGCAUUAAUGCUGAGAUUAAGUACUUUUUUGGUCCCCGCACUCCAGAGGCUGUUUUAUCAACAUUUGAAAUGAAUGAAGUAACAGGACAAGUUAUUUUAAAAGGAGAAUUAGACUAUGAAACAUUCCCAUCUUAUCUGCUUGACAUUACUGCCAAAGACAAAGGUGUACCUGAAAUGGAGGGUCACUGUCGCCUGCAGCUCAAUAUUGAAGACAUAAACGAUAAUGCUCCUGAAAUUAUUCUGACCUCUAAACCCAGUCCUGUACGAGAAGAUGCUCCAUAUGGCACAGUGGUGGCUUUGAUUAGUGUUAAAGACACUGACUCUGGUAAUAAUAGCAAAGUAAAUUUGCAGAUACCAAAGGGCUUCCCUUUUACUCUUAAACCAUCUUUUUCGAACAAUUAUGCGCUGGUCACCAGUGGUGCUUUAGACAGAGAGAGAGUGUCUGAGUAUAAGAUAGAGAUAAGAGCCACUGAUUCAGGAUCUCCUCCUCUCUCCAGUAAGAAAAUGAUAGCUGUCAGCAUCACUGAUGUCAAUGACAACCCUCCUGUAUUCUCUCAGAGCUCUUAUAAUGUUUAUUUAAAAGAGAACGGAGUAGCAGGCUCUAUACUGUACUCGGUGUCUGCAUGUGACCUGGAUGCUGGUGAAAACGCCAAAGUGUCUUACUCUAUCGUGGACUCUAAAGUGCACGACGUGUCCGUGUCGUCUUAUGUUUACAUGAACUCAGAGAACGGCAGCAUCUACAGCAUGCACUCGUUUGACUAUGAGAAAGUCAAAGUGUUUCACAUCCAGGUUCAGGCAAAAGACCAGGGCUCUCCAUCUCUCAGCACCAACGCCACCGUCCAUGUUUUUAUCCUGGACCAGAACGACAACGCCCCCGCUGUCAUUUACCCUUCCCCCCACGCAGCCUCCCACCUGAGGGUGCCCCGCACGGCCAAAGCGGGCCAACUGGUCUCCAAGGUGACGGCCGUGGACGCAGACUCAGGCCACAAUGCGUGGAUCUCGUACAAAGUGUCUGAGGCCACAGACGUCUCUCUCUUCAUGGUCAGUGUGUACACAGGGGAGGUGAGGACUAAACGUGCUGUGUCCGAGCACGACGACUCCUCUCAGAGGCUGAUUGUAGAAGUCCAGGAUGAUGGGGAACCGGUCCAGUCGGCCACCGUCACGCUGUCCAUCCUUCUGGAGGACGGUGUGAGCGAGCCCAUGUUGGAGUUGAGACACAAGGCGUCUGAACCCAGUAAGACAAGCGGCAGAAUCACACUUUAUUUGAUUGUGUCUCUGGCCUCGGUGUCCGUGCUGUCUCUGGUGACUUUGCUCAUCUUAGCGGUGAAAUGCAUGAGGAGCAGCAGAAGCAGCGCUAGUUGCUGCACGAGACGGACACACUGUGAUGAGGACAAGAAACCCAACAGAAAGCUGCACAUUCAGCUCAACACUGAUGGACCUAUCAAGUACGUGGAGGUUCUGGGAGGAGACGUCAUGUCUCAGAGCCACUCCUUCAGGUCGUGCAUGUCUCCAAUGUCAGAGUACAGUGAUUUCACUUUGGUGAAGCCCAGCAGCACCACUGACUUUAAGGAGGUCAUCAGCGUCCUGGACGCCUCUUUACCUGACAGCACCUGGACCUUUGAGAGCCAGCAGGUGAGCAGCAAAGAAUAUGGAUUUGGUCACUGUGGUCUGUCUUUCUUUGGAUUGGAACUGAUGCAUUUUAGAGGAGCAAGGAUGACAAAGACAAUAGGACUCCGAGACUGGAGAUGGCAGGCUCUUUUGUGGCAUCAUGUCUUCCUCUUGUGGACUACAGUGGAUGCACAGACUCGUUACAGCAUCCCAGAGGAGCUCAAACAAGGUUCUGUGGUGGGAAAUCUUGCCAAAGAUCUGUCUUUGGGACUGUCUGAGAUAUUUGAGCGCAAGCUGCGUGUCGCCUCUGAGGCUGGUAAGCAGUAUUUCAGCGUGGAUGCGGGGAAGGGAGAGCUGCUGGUCAAUGACAGAAUAGACAGAGAGGCUUUAUGCGGACAAAGCGCCAGCUGUGUGCUCCCUCUGCAGGUCGUCAUCGAGGACCCCUUGCAGUUGCAUCGAAUCGAGGUUGAAAUACGAGACAUUAAUGAUAACUCUCCGAGUUUUAUUUCUAAUGAGUUAUCUUUGAAGUUAGCAGAAUCUGCAGCCGUUGCCGCGCGUUUUCCUUUGGAGAGCGCGGCCGACCCUGACGUGGGAAGCAAUUCAAUUAAAUCAUACACUCUCAGUAAAAAUGACUGCUGUUCUCUCCGAAUAAAAGAAAUGGAGGGCGGCAAAACUGUCCCUGAGCUCGUUUUAGAAAAGCCUCUGGAUAGAGAGAAGAAGGCCGUGCACAAAAUAUUAUUAACUGCAUUAGACGCGGGCAGUCCUGCUAGAUCCGGGACGUCACAGAUUACCAUACAUGUACUUGACAAUAAUGAUAAUUUCCCUGUGUUUGAGAAAGCCCUAUACAAAGUAACAGUAUGUGAAAAAAGCCCAAAAGGGACUGUUAUUAUUAAGCUGAAAGCCACAGAUGCAGAUGAAGGUUCGAAUGGUGAAAUUGAAUAUUCAUUUGGCUCUAGGACUCCAGAUUCUGUCUUCUCAGUAUUUAAUAUGAAUCCUGUUAGUGGUGAGAUAACGUUAAAAGGCGAGUUAGACUAUGAGACAGUAAAGUCCUUUGACAUUGAUAUCACUGCUAAAGAUAAAGGCAGCCCUGAGAUGGAGGGACACUGUCGAGUGCAGGUUGACGUGAUGGACUUUAAUGAUAACCCUCCUGAAAUUGUCCUCACCUCUCAGCCUAAACCUGUACGCGAGGACGCCCCAAGUGGGACUGUCAUGGCCCUGAUUAGCGCCCGUGAUCUUGACUCUGGUAAUAAUGGAAAUGUGACAUUACACCUGAAAAAAGGUACUCCAUUUGACCUGAAAAGUUCUUUUUCUAACAAUUAUGCACUGGUCACCAGUGGUGCUUUAGACAGAGAGAGAGUGUCUGAGUAUAAGAUAGAGAUAACAGCCACUGAUUCAGGAUCUCCUCCUCUCUCCAGUAAGAAAAUGAUAGCUGUCAGCAUCACUGAUGUCAAUGACAACCCUCCUGUAUUCUCUCAGAGCUCUUAUAAUGUUUAUUUAAAAGAGAACGGAGUAGCAGGCUCUAUACUGUACUCGGUGUCUGCAUGUGACCUGGAUGCUGGUGAAAACGCCAAAGUGUCUUACUCUAUCGUGGACUCUAAAGUGCACGACGUGUCCGUGUCGUCUUAUGUUUACAUGAACUCAGAGAACGGCAGCAUCUACAGCAUGCACUCGUUUGACUAUGAGAAAGUCAAAGUGUUUCACAUCCAGGUUCAGGCAAAGGACCAGGGCUCUCCAUCUCUCAGCACCAACGCCACCGUCCAUGUUUUUAUCCUGGACCAGAACGACAAUGCCCCCGCUGUCAUUUACCCUUCCCCCCACGCAGCCUCCCACUUGAGGGUGCCCCGUACAGCAAAAGCCGGCCAUCUGGUCACAAAGGUGACGGCCGUGGACGCGGACUCAGGCCACAACGCGUGGAUCUCGUACAAAGUGUCUGAGGCCACAGACGCCUCUCUCUUCAUGGUCAGUGUGUACACAGGGGAGGUGAGGACUAAACGUGCUGUGUCUGAGCACGACGACUCCUCUCAGAGGCUGAUUCUGGAGGUCCAGGAUGACGGGGAACCUGUCCAGUCGGCCACCGUCACGCUGUCCAUCCUUCUGGAGGACGGUGUGAGCGAGCCCAUGUUGGAGCUGAGACACAAGGCGUCUGAACCCAGCAAGACAAGCGGCAGAAUCACACUUUAUUUGAUUGUGUCUCUGGCCUCGGUGUCCGUGCUGUCUCUGGUGACUUUGCUCAUCUUAGCGGUGAAAUGCAUGAGGAGCAGCAGAAGCAGCGCUAGUUGCUGCACGAGACGGACACACUGUGAUGAGGACAAGAAACCCAACAGAAAUCUGCACAUUCAGCUCAACACUGAUGGACCUAUCAAGUACGUGGAGGUUCUGGGAGGAGACGUCAUGUCUCAGAGUCACUCCUUCAGGUCGUGCAUGUCUCCAAUGUCAGAGUACAGUGAUUUCACUUUGGUGAAGCCCAGCAGCACCACUGACUUUAAGGAGGUCAUCAGCGUCCUGGACGCCUCUUUACCUGACAGCACCUGGACCUUUGAGAGCCAGCAGUGGGGAUUGUGUGUGUAUGUGUGUGUGUCAGAGCUGUCUUCCAAAGAGGGGGAAGGCCUCUGUGGUCUCUCCCCGCCCACGAGUCUAGUGAGGCGGGAGAGGGGGAGUCAGAGCAGGGUAGAGAGCGGGGAAAUUUCCCGGACAAUGGACUGCAGACAGAGGAAGCGCUCCGGAGGAGGGAGCCAGCUGUCGAGGCUCUGCUUCUUCGUGGCCUUCCUCUCCUCCGCCUCCGCCCAGCUCAGUUACUCUGUGUCGGAGGAGCUCAGUCCGGGAUCCAUCGUAGGGAACAUCGCGAAAGAUCUGGGCCUGAGCACACAGAGGAUUGUCCAAAGGGGGCUACGGGUGGUGUCUGAAUCCGGCACACAGUAUUUUGAGGUGAGGCAGUCGAGCGGAGAUUUGGUGAUUAAGCAACAAAUUGACAGAGAGCAGAUGUGCGAGUUGAGCUCGUCCUGCUCGCUCCACCUUCAGAUACUUCUCUCGGAUCCUUUGGAGAUCCAGCGCGUCGUGGUGGACAUUGUGGACGUGAACGACAACGCUCCACACUUUUCAACCAGCAGCGUCUCUUUGGAGGUGUCCGAGGCCGCCGCACAGGGGACAAGAUUCCGUUUGGAGAGCGCGCACGACCCGGACGUGGGGACCAACUCAUUACGCACGUAUCACCUCGCUGCUAAUGACUUUUUUAUAUUGAAUGUAGAGACUAAAAGUGACGGCAGCAAGUUUCCAGAGCUUAUAGUGGACAAACCUCUCGACAGGGAGGCACAGGCCUCCUUUGAGCUGCUGCUCACUGCUGUGGAUGGAGGGCAGCCAGAGAAAUCAGGCUCCACUCUCCUGCUUAUUAAAGUUUUGGAUGUGAAUGACAACGCACCCAUCUUUGAUGAGCCUGUCAAGAAAGUCAACCUAUUUGAGAAUGUGGCACUGGGCACUUUAGUGACAAAACUGAACGCUACAGAUGCCGAUUCAGGUCGCAACGGGGAAAUAUCAUUCAUGUUUAGUAAAUACACACCUGAGCGUGUCCUUAAACUUUUCACAGUGGAUGCUAAGAGUGGGGAGAUUCGGGUUAAUGGUGAGGUGGACUAUGAGAAAGCCACUGCAUAUCACAUCACAGUGCAAGCCAGAGAUGGGGGCUCCCCAGCCAUGGAGGGCUCGUGUAACGUCAUCGUGGACGUCACAGAUGUCAAUGACAAUAUGCCAGAGGUCACGCUGACAUCACUGACGAGUUCCAUCAGAGAAGACUCCGCCCCUGAGACGGUGAUAGCCCUCAUCAGUGCUCGGGACCUGGACUCUGGCAAGAAUGGGGAAGUUAGUUUGACCAUCCCACCUGGCCUGCCUUUCAAACUCAACUCAGCUUUUGGAAUGCACUACAGCCUGACCACAGCAGGCCCCCUGGACCGUGAGACAGUGUCUGAGUACACGGUGGUCAUCAAGGCCACUGACGGCGGCUCUCCCCGCUUGGCGUCGCAAACCACCUUUGUAGUGAAGCUCUCGGAUGUCAACGACAACGCCCCCACCUUCUCCCAAACCUCAUACUCGGUGGACAUCCCUGAGAACAACGCCCCGAGUUCGCCUUUCACUGCUGUCUCUGCCACUGACCCAGACCUUGGCGACAAUGCCCGCAUCACCUACUCCAUCUUGCCCAGCAUGGUGCAGGGCUCACCUAUUUCCUCUUAUGUCUACAUCAACCCAGAGAGCGGCCACAUCUACAGCAUGCGCUCCCUGGAUCAUGAACAGCUUAAGGCUUUCCGCAUAGAAGUCCAAGCCCAGGAUGCAGGGGCGCCCCCCAGGACUUCCAACGUGACUGUGCAUGUAUUUGUGGUGGACGUGAACGACAACGCACCCUGGAUUGUACACCCCGCCUUUGCAAAAGAGAAAGGGCUGCAGCUCACUGUGCCCCCUUCUGCUGGGCCGGGGUACCUCUUAAAUAAACUUGUGGGGGUGGAUGCUGACAGUGGGCACAAUGCCUGGUUGUUUUACUCCAUCGCCCCCGGCCCGCAUGCUGGCAUGUUCCGAAUCGGGGCACAUACUGGUGACCUCCGCACAGCCCGCAAGUGGGCCGAGGAGGAAGAGGGCUCCACUUAUGACAUAGUGGUCAUUAUCCAGGACAAUGGUGAGCCCCCAAAGUCCAGCUGGGUGAACAUCACAGUGACAGUGGCAGAGAACGCCGCUGCCAAUGAUGCUCCAGCAAGACCCCACCACAAACCCUUCGCCCCCCACACAGGGAUGUCGGACAUCACCUUGUACCUCAUCAUCUCCCUUGCCUGUGUAUCAGGUGUGUCUUUUAUCACCUUUGCCGUCCUAAUGGUGCGCUGCUUGAGGCACCGCGGCUCCGGAGUAGGCGACUCAGACUGCUGCUACUGUUGCUACGGCAACCAGCGCUCCAGCCGCUACCACCAGAGGCCCAGCAAGGACCUGCACUUGCAGCUCAACACGGACGGGCCCAUUCGUUACAUGGAGGUGGUGGGAGGACCCCAGGAGCCGCACACGCGUACUUAUAGACCCUGCUACUCCACCAUAUCUAGCAGGAGUGACUUUGUGUUUAUGAAGACACCCAUGCUGAGUCACAGCAACACGCUCAACACCACUCUCAGCAGGAAGCACCUUACGCCUGAGCAAAAGCCACCCAACAAUGACUGGCGCUUUAACCAGGGACAGAGACCCGGACCCAGUGGUCCCCACAUGCCAUACGGUACACACAUACGAUGGACGCCGAAGAGUGGGACAAGGGCUGCCGGAGGACCUGAGGUUGCCAUGGGAACCGGCCCCUGGCCCCAACCCCCAACUGAAGCUGAGCAGCUCCAAGCCCUGAUGGCCGCAGCCAACGUGGGUGAGGCGACCGGCACACUGGGACCGGGCACCAUGGGCCUGAGCACCCGCUACAGCCCCCAGUUCACCCUGCAGCACGUGCCCGACUACCGCCAGAACGUCUACAUCCCCGGCAGCACGGCCACCCUCACCUCCAACCCCCAGCAGCAGCAGCAGCAGGCCAUGGCCCAGCAGGCCAGCCAGCAGGCGCUGCCACCGCCCCAGUCAGGCCAGCCGGAGCCCCCGAAGGCCGCCCAGACUCCGGCCUCCAAGAAGAAGUCCACCAAGAAGGAGAAGAAGUAGAAAAGAAGGUGGAGGAAUGCUUAAUCCGAUCUGAUGAGAAAUGCAACCCCCCACACCCCACCAUGAGGUAUCUUAUCUAGCUGAGGUCUAAGUGGACCACAUGGACGGUUCUGAUGGUUCUUUGGAAGUGUCUUGAGGUGCCUAGAGGAGUAUGAACACGCAGAAUGCUUUUGCUUGUAUUGCUUGUAAUCGGUAGAUAUUGUUUGGCUGGGUGUGGGGGGUUAUUGUGAUUAUUUUUUUUGCUUUUUCUUUGGCUAGGACAAGAAACCUUGCAGGGUUGACAAGGUUAUCAUAAGCAAGUGAUGUAUUCUGAGAAAUGUUACUGUCUUUCAUGUUGGAUUUCUUGUGCUCGUUCCCUCCAGUGGGAAGUUGUAAGUAUGCUUAGUUGCCAUAUUUCCAUGUAGGCUCAGCCUUUGCAGGACCUUCAAGCAUACUUCUGUGCAUAGAUUAAUGCUAAUAAGGCUGUUUGUUUUACCGCUAUUACAAACUCGUCUGCAUGCUCUUUAAAGGUUCAAACCACAUUACAGUAUACUAGUUUAGAGUUGCAAACUAUGCAUUGCAAAAGCAAAAGAGGACCCCCCGUCCCCGCCACCCAUGCCCCCUGUCAAAUCGCUGGUCAAAAGAAUGCACAUGUAGCAUUUACCCAAGAGGAAAAAAAAUCAUUUUGUAACCAUGGUUAAGUAAUGACCUGAGCAUGCACCCACAUAGAGGGGCAGCAGGUGGUGUGGCAGCAGACUUGCUGUACAACCCUCUCCAGAUGGACUCCAUCCAGUCCAGCUGCCCCCUGAACCCGAGCCCACCCCCUCACUGCCCCGCAUUGAGAGGCAAACCUGGAGAAAUGCACUGAUGUUGGGGUAUUAGCCACACUUGGAUGAAGUAUUUGUCAUGGUGACGUAAUUUGUUUUCUUAUGAAGUCUUCAUAAAUGGUGAGUGGGAGCGGAUGGGGGUUCUGGUGGGCCGUACCCUAAAAUUGUUACCUGACAGGGGUGGGGAACCAACCGUGGCUCCACCCGCUGAAUGUACAGAGCAACCACCACUCAUUUAAAAAUGCACUGAUCCAGGUUGGGGUCCUCGGUGAGGUGAUCCUUCACCACUUGGCCGCCCCCCUUGACCCAGUCCCCGCCUGCCCCCCACCCGCUCCUCAGCCCCGCCUCCCUCACCUGUAAAUAAACACAAGUCCUGUUGAUGGUAUGGGCCAGGUGUUUGUGUCUUAGGGACCGGCAUCCAACUUAUUUCAAAAUAAAAGUCCCUCUCCACAAAGCGUGGCUCACUACUGGAAUGUGUUGCAUUUUGUUUUACAAGAAAAUGAAGAAAAAAAAACACAGAUGAAAAAAAAAAACCUAUUAUGAAUAAAAAUCUGUUUGUGUUGCAAUGUAGUAACUAAGCACCAUGGAAGCCAACUAACUCGUCAAAGUGUAAAUAAAAAAAGAUAACUUUAGAUAAGGUGACACAUGUAGACUAGUUAACUUGUGAUUUGUGUUGCGCAUAUUUUUGUGUUCAUUUUCUCUAUCUUUUAUCACCCUCGAAAGAAACAAAAAAAGAUGACUUGUUUCUAUCCUUCUGUAACCUCUUAAUGUUCAUUUUGCGGUGGUUUGAUCUUGUGCAUUUGUGAAAGAAUGCCUUUCAUUCUCUUUCUGUCCAUAUGAGCAAAUGACUAUAAAUAUUAUAUAUGUGUACGUCCGUCCGCUGCUGAAUUAAUACUAUUCUAUCCUGCUGUAUUAUCUUUCUUAUCAAAUGCUUACACCCUACUCCCACCCCCAACCCCACCCCACGCUUUACCCCUGUGUUACUCUUAUUUUUAUGCUAAUAUUUAUAUUGCUGUUUUAUUUUCUCUUGAACACUGACAUUUCAAAUAAAAAGAUUCUGAAUUCA